UCCCCCGGGGGCAGGUAUCCCGUGUCCGGUGCGGUGCUGCCUGCCGUGACGAUGAGGCUGCGUUGGGCCGGUGCCGUGCUGCUGUCCGCGGCCGCCUACUACGUCUACCUGCCGCUGCCGAGCGCCGUGAGCGAGCCGUGGAAACUCAUGCUGCUGGAUGCGCUGUUCCGGGGCUUCAUGCAUGUGGGCGACAUGGCUCACACGCUGGGUGUGUGUCACCGGGUCCACUUUCUGAACAGGGUGGUGUCCUGGGUGGAGGUCAUCGAGGCUCGCUCCUGCCCUGGCGUGCACGUGUCGGACAUCACCCUGGGGGGCGUGGCCACCCGGGUCUUCCAGCCGAAAGGCGGGAGGAAGCUGAAAAGGGGGGUGAUAUAUUUCCACGGUGGAGGAUGGGCCCUUGGCAGCGGACGGAUGCGAUCCUACGACCUUCUUUGUCGGAAGAUGGCGGAGGACCUGGAUGCUGUCAUCAUGUCUGUCGAUUACCGUCUUGCUCCAGAGGCGGUGUUCCCAGACCAGUACCACGACGCGUUGGCGGCGUCGCGAGCCUUCCUGUCCGCCCGGGUUCUGGAUCGCUACAGCGUGGACCCAGAGAGGCUGUGUGUGUCUGGAGACAGUGCCGGGGGGAACCUGGCCGCCGCCGUGGCUCAGGAGCUUGGAUCAGACAGCAGUGCCAAAGUUAAGUUCAAAGCCCAGGCUCUGAUCUACCCCGUUCUCCAGGCGCUAGAUUUCUACACCCCGUCCUACCAGCAGAACCAGGCGGUGCCUAUCCUCUACCGGCCGGUCAUGGCUCGUUUCUGGCUGCAGUACCUGGGCGCGAACGCCUCGCUGGAGCCCCUGCUGCUCGCUAACAACCACAGCUCCCUGGACCAGCAGAGCAUCAGCGCCCCGACACGCUCCAAGCUGGACUGGACUGCUUUGCUCCCGGCCGAACGCAAGAGGCAUUUCCGGCCGGUCAUCAAGGAAACGGGGUCGCCGGGGUUGGUGGGUGAAGUGCCGGGGCUGGUGGACGUGCGGGCAGCACCGCUGCUGGCAGACGAGGGCGUCCUGCGUCGGACACCCCAGGCCUACGUGAUGACCUGCGAGUUUGAUGUGCUGAGGGACGAUGGUCUCAUGUAUGCCAGGCGCCUGCAGGAUGCCGGCGUUGCCGUAACCAGCGAUCACUACGAGGACGGUUUCCAUGCUUGCAUGGUGUUUGCAUUCCUGCCGAUGUGGUCCAGCGUGGGGCAGAGGAGCAUGGACGGUUAUAUUCGUUGGCUGGACGAGAACCUUUAGACAACCGAACCACAUCAGCAGGGAUUCAGAGAAUUUAUGGAGACAUUUUCUGGGACCAAAGAUGCGCUGGAGCAGAAGCUGAAGAAUCUCCAGGGAAGGGAAAACAGAAGAAACACAAUCCUUAUGGUGGGACCGGGGCCAAGUGGAUACAGAGAGCUUCCUGUUGCUUGGAAAGUCACAGGUUUGGUCCCCUUAUCGCCACGUGUCCUGUCAAAGUGUCUUUGAGCAAGACGCUGGACCCCCAUCUGCUGCCCGCCUGUAAGCUGCUGCGCAUAAGGGCAUCAUUUAACGUAAAAAUAUGGAAACACAACCAGCAACACAAAUGUGAGUCGUAAAUCUGUGCACCUCUGGCCAAACAAACAAAGAAACAAUUGAGAGACGAAUUCUAGAUUACGAUAGAUCUAGAGUUAAAACAGACCACAAAGCGUUCCCAGUGUACCCAGAACCAAAACCUCUCCAGUCAAAUGAAACCAAAGACGGCAGUAAGUGCAACAUAAAUGCAACAUUUGGAGAAUGAAAUCACACUACCUAACUGUCUCCAAAUGUGGAAACUUUUGAAACUUAGAGGAACUCCCAAAGAGAAAAUCCCAAAUUUUUACACUAAUCUAAUGCACUGAGAGGCUGAACUAGUCUGCACACAUGCACACACACACACACACACACACACACCAAAGAGGCCAAACAAGGUUACACUGUGUGUGUGUGUGUGCAUGUAGUGCAUGUAAGCCAGAGUUCACAGCUGUGUAUACUCAACGGGGUUGUGCAAUAUUGUAUGUUUGACAGUAUCCACUACUCCAAGCUUGCUGAGUGAGGCUGUUCUCCAUAACAUCGCUCUCCGAAGACCGCCGAUUUGCAGGGUGAAAGCACUGAUGAUGAUGGCUGUGAAAUUAAUGCAAGAUUUACAGUACUGUACUGUCAGAGGGCCCAGAUGGAGCAUCGUGUAUCCCUGCCCCUCCUUGGCCCGUGUCUAAUGUACCGAACUGACCAGAUCAGUUUGGCAUGUGGCCCAAAAUACAGCAAAGCGUGAAGCAGAGACACUGCAACAAAUCACACUGGGCUUCAAAAAGCACAUUGAAGUGUUUAAAUUGUCAAAUUUAUGUAUGUAAUUUUCAAAUAUCAUAGAACAGAUCCUUUUUUUUUUUCUCAGUGGGAAACCAUUUCGGACAGCUUCCAAACAUAGGAACUCUCUGUAGGCAAUGCAUUACUUAGAAUUAAUUAGGGAAAACAGAUUUUGACCACAUGUAGUGCAGCCUAUAUCAGUCACAACACCUGGCAGAAAAUGGGACAAAAUAUAGAUAUAUAUAUUUUUGUAUCUAUAUUAUACAUUCCCAGCUCUUUCCUAGGACAGGAAGGGCUUUUAUGGUUGCUAAAGCAGAACUUACUGGACUUAGCUGAUUACGCUGACAGAGGGAGAGCAAGUCAUUUUAAAGUUUGGUAUCAAUGUAGGACACUACUGGUGUUGUCUGAGGAAAGCGAAUGUACCAAGAAUUUUUUAAGUAAUGUGAUUUUAGUUGUGUUUGUGUAUCAUUAAAUAGGAUUGUACUUCAUAAAUAAGGUUAUGAAUAUAAAGAGGAAUCACUACAGGUCUACCGUGCAUUAGAACGGUGCUGAGAAAAUCCCACUGUGUAUUUUAUCUGUAUUUUACCGGCUGCCGUACCAACUUUUAUGGUACCAAGCGAGUUUAACAGCAGUAUUUCUAAUUUUAUUCUUAGAAUGUUCAAAGAAAACUUUGUCCAGUGCACAUGCAUUGGUGUACGGUCUAUAAAAGCCAUCAUAGUCCUAAGGAUGUUUCUCCUGUGAUUAUUGGGAUGUGGACAAAGCUCAGCUGUAGCAACACAAAUCUCCACACUAUCAAACAGACACGGUUCAUGUCUGCUCAGUUUUUGGUUAGAAAGUUUACGAGUAUAUGAACGACACCUCAAACCUACCAGUUGGAAACUUAAAAACAUUGAUGCUGCGCGAGUUUCUGAGUUUUGAUUUGAAAAUAUGUACUACGCUAAUGCAUCAGUGCCUUUUACCUCGUAGGAUAUGAUUAAUAAUUACAAGAAUACUGUAAUAAUUAUCUUUAUUCAUAGAGCACGUUUCAAAGUCCACAUUAUGAAGUGCGUCACUCAGGCAGUAAUAAAAUAAAAUAAAAUAAAUCAAGUCAUAAACUCAUUAGGUUAAAAAAACAAUUGCAAUGUAAAAACCAAUAAAGAGUGAAAUCAGGAAAGGUUGCUCUAAGCCUCUAUUGUCUUUAUCAAACUCAUAAUCACAGUAAAGAAAAUGUGCUUGGAGAUUAUUACUGUAUUUAUUGAUUACUGGUUUGUUAAACGGGGUAAAUGGAAUCUAUGAAUGGGACUAUCUACUGUAUCUGCACAAAAUAUAAUGUGAAAUGUACACAAUUUAUUAUUUUGUGAUUUAUUUAUUAAAAAAAAUACACAUAUAUUUAUAGUGGCAUAUGUUUUU